AUGGCUCCGCCGAUAUCCAAAACGUCAGCCGAGCCCACGCUCUACGACAUCCUCGCGCUGACCCCCAAGCACCUAGAGGGCCAGGCCGGCGCCGCCCAGCAGCAGAAGAUAGUCAAGCAGGCGUACCACCGCGCGCUGCUAAAGUACCACCCGGACAAAGCUUCUCAAGGCAGUGGUGGCAGUCGUAAUGGCGAUAGUACCAGCAGUAGAAGAAAACAGGGCUCUCAGCCAGCACCAGCGCCAGCGCCAGCAUCAGCACCGCGGAUCACGUACACCGUAGACCAGAUCCAGCACGCGUACGCGGUGCUCGCGGACCGGAAGCAGCGCGCGGAGUACGACCGAGCGCUGCGCACCCAUCCCUCGUCAUCCUCGUUCCAGACGGGCGUCGAGAUGGUCGAUCUCGACGACCUGGGGUUCGACGAGCGGACGGGCGUGUACUACCGGGGGUGCCGGUGCGGCAACGCGCGGGGGUACGCCUUCACGGAGGAGAACCUCGAGGAGUUCGAGGACGACGGCGUGCUUAUGGUCGAGUGUCUCGACUGCAGCCUCUGGAUCCGGGUGCUGUUCGCCGCGGCUGCAUCCGAGGAUGAGGAGGAGGACGAGGGAGAUGAUGUUGCUCUUGCCACCACUACCAGUGGUGGUAGUAGUUGUAGUAGUCCCGUGGGAAGAAGAGGAGGAGGUGGUGGAGGGGACACGGUUACGGCCGCGGGGGAGAGAAGAGGUAGUGGUACCGGCCGGGGCUUCACGUUUAACUGGAGCUUUAACUGGGGCAUCUCGCUGACGGGAUCCGCGACGGCGGGUACGGGUACGGACACAAGCGCCUCGCGGAGGUAG